AUGCGGAAUAAAGCCAAUGUGAAGAGAUUGCAAGAACAAAAGUGUAGUCACGGUGCAUUAACAGAUCUGAAAAUAGAUGACGUAUUUGCUUAUUUGUCAAUUAAUGAAAACACAAAUGAUGAACAUGCUGAUGAUUUUGAUAAUACAGAUUUGGAUAUUGAUUUUGAUAACGAGUAUUUUGCCGAUGCUGACAACAAGGACGUAACCGAUGAUGAUGAAAAUGAAAACGAAGAAGAUUCUGAGGAAGACGAAGAUAUUGAAAGUGACUUAAGUGAAAAACAGGUAAAAUUCGGUAAGGAAUUUUUUAAUAUGGAAAGUUCAUCAAUACCAAUUCGUGAUUAUGAUGACCUAAAUGAGCGUCAACCGAAUUUUAUAUCAUUAACAUGCAAUAUUGAUGGCGUAGCAGUUUAUACAAGUAGUGAACAAAGUAUGUGGACUUUCACAGCUUGUAUAAAUGAACUUAAACGAACGAUUCGUUUUUCUAUGGAAAAUAUUAUUGUACUGGCUAUUAGUGUAGGUCGGAAAAAGCCAUCACGAGUUAUCAUGCAAAAAAUGCUUUCUCCGAUAGUCUUACGCCUUAAAGAAUUACAAAAACCGAAAUUAUAUCAAGUCUCCGUCAACUCAUGUGAAAUGUUACGUGUUUAUCUUAUUGGAAUAAGUAAUGACAAACCUGCCAAUAGUCUCGUACAAAAUCAACCGGAGCCAAAUGCACUUUAUGGCUGUUCUAAAUGUGAAAUUGCUGGAUAUACAACAGCAGCUAAAAUCCAUGCAACACCAACAACGUCAAAGAGAAUAACAACCACAUAUGUUCGGAUUUUUCCAACGCCAGCAAACGACAGACCGCAAAUGCGAUCAAAUGCACGAUGGCAUGAAAUCAGCCAUGCUCUUCAAAAUGGUCAUCAGUUUAUAUGUUGUGAUAAGAAAAUACAUUCGUAUGGUUAUCUGGGUGAAUGUGAAUUUACUAAUUUAGCCUUCGUUGAUCGUGGUAUAUCGUUUAUGUGCGAUACAUUGCAUACAAUAUAUCAUGGUGCCUUCAAGAGAUUGUUGAAAUUAUGGUUAGAAUCAUCAAAAAAGCAACCAUGGUCAAUAUCGAGUUUUCUUCCAUUGAUAACUAUUGAUCUUGCAAAUAUACGUUAUCCUAGCACAACAACAAGAGCACCACGAAAUUUAAGCAAGUGCUUCAAGUUAAAAGCUAAUGAAUCUCGAGUUUUACUAUUAAUCGGAUAUCCGAUUUUUAAAAAGUAUUUGCCCGAAGUGUAUUAUAAUCAUUUAAAAAUGCUAGCAUUUGGUAUUACUAUUGGAGAGUCGAGAAAUAUCUCGUCAAAAAAUUUAAAUGAUAUGGAAUUAUUAUUAUCUAGCUUUGUUGAUAAUUUUCCUUAUCACGAACGAUAUAUUGUGCAAAAUAUUCAUUCAGUAAAACAUUUUGCAAAAACAGUGAACGACUUUGGUCCUUUGUUCAAUUACAGCACCUUCAAUUAUGAAAGUGUUAUUGGAUACCUAUCAGCAUCCAUUCAUGGUACUAAACGAGUUGGUAGCGAAUUAAUAAUAAAUCUUCAAUUGUUUAAAGAAGCUUACUUCGCAUCUACAGAUCAUUGUUCAUCAUCAUAUCUUUCGACAUUUAUAAAAUAUUUAGAUACGAAAAACAAACAACAUCCUAAGCAACGAAUAUCAACCGAAAAUGUUUCUGAAGAUGACUUGGAUUUAUUAUACAAAUCAUUUCCAAAGGAGUACACAAUAAAAUCAAUGAAAUCGAGUAAGGCCUAUAUAGCCAAAAAUAACAAACUAUGGAUAAAAUCGCAAAGUUCCAAUCAUUUAUGCGGAUUUAAAUAAACGACUAGAAUCGCUCUAAAUAAGAACUACGUUGACAAUAGAGACAAACACGGUUCCAGCUAAUAUUUUGUAAUUUUGAGUGUUGUUGUCUCUAUCGUUACUAUUCUUUUUACGUAAACUGGUUUUAGCAGCUAUUCAAAACCUCACAAAUGCUAAAGCUUUCACGAUCGAUUUAUAACACAUCUGCUCCAGAGAAUUUUUUGCACCGGUACUAUGCUUCAUAAUCGCACAUUACUAACCAAAUAUGAUUAUAGAACAGCAAAUCUAUCAUUUUUAUAUUUUAUUCUUCUAGUUGUAUGUCAGCAUUUAUCAUUAUCAACAGAAAAUAGCUCCAAAUCGAAAACGUUUUCAGAUUCGUACGUAGUUUACCAACAUCAUAACAAAAUGCACUACGGUAUUAUUCAAAAGAUCUUUUACAUCGAACAACGAGAUUGUUACUUACUAAAAUUACGCCCAUU